UAAUCAAAACUGAAUAAAUUUUAAACACUUAUAUAAUUAAAUAAAUAUUUGGUUAUACAUUGUUUUUCUCAUGUGCGACUAUAAUGUUCUCUUUUUUUCGCAAAAAAUCAGUAUCAGAUAUGUCUGAUACUUCAAACGCAGAUGAUAGUAAAUGUUUUGAAAAAUUGUCAGAAAUUACAAAGGAAUUGGGUUAUGCAGAUACAGAAGAACUGAAAGAAACUAUAUAUGACUAUAUCAGAACAAUCCGAGAUCCAGAAAAGCCAUCUACACUUGAAGAUUUAAAUGUAAUUUAUGAGGAUGGUAUAUUUGUUAAAAAAUCAACAGCCGAUAAUGUGCAUAUUGUGAGAAUUGAAUUUAAUCCGACUGUCCCCCACUGUUCCCUAGCAACUUUAAUAGGACUUUGUAUAAGGAUAAAAAUUGAGCGUUCAAUCAAUCAUAAAUUAAAGCUUGAUAUUUAUAUAAAAAAGGGAGCUCAUACUACUGAAGAUGAAAUUAAUAAACAAAUAAAUGACAAGGAAAGAAUUGCUGCAGCUAUGGAAAAUCCAAAUUUACGAGAAUUGGUUGAAAGCUGUAUACAAGAAGAAACUUAAUGGACUAUGUAAGGGAGAAUCGAUUGUAAUAUGAAACUUUGUAUGAGGUCGAGUGUCAAGAGUAUUGGUAAUUUACUGGAAUCUUGAAUGAUAUAUGUAGUGAAGCAACUUAAGAUAACUUCAUAAAAAAAUUCACUUGUUAAGAAGUUGAUUU